GUGGCGCCCCCCGGCCUCGUCCCCGCCGCCUUCUCCACCGAGGCUUACAAGUUUCCGAAGCAAAGGGAAAUUGGAUUCCGCAGGUGGAGUGCUGAGCUGCGAUGGACUCAAGAAAUCGCCCCACCCCAACUAUCCAAGCUAUCCGUCUCUUCUUCUCAAAAGUUGGAUGGCAAUAAUGGGAGCUCGGAAUUGCAAAAGCUUUGGAAGCAUCCAUCGAGUAAAGAUUAUGUUCCUUGUGUGACACCCGACACAUCGUACUCUUCACCCGUUGAAUCGAGAGGUUACCUUUUGGUUCACACCAAUGGCGGAUUGAACCAGAUGCGUGCUGGGAUAUGUGACAUGGUAGCAGUUGCACGCAUAAUAAAUGCAACACUGGUUAUUCCAAAACUUGAUAAGAGAUCAUUCUGGCAAGAUUCUAGCAACUUUUCAGAUGUGUUUGAUGUUCCACAUUUCAUACAAUCUCUGGCCAGCGACGUUAGAAUUGUAAAGAAGUUACCAAAGGAAUUGGCAACGACUAUGAAGGCAGUAAAAUAUUUUACAAGUUGGUCAGGUAUAGAAUACUACCAAAAUGAGAUAUCACGCUUGUGGGAUGAUUAUCAGGUUAUCCGAGCAGCUAAAUCAGAUGCACGUCUUGCUAAUAACAACUUGCCCCCUGAAAUUCAAAAGCUUCGUUGUCGUACUUGCUAUGAAGCUCUUCGAUUUGCACCCCAUAUUGAGGCAAUGGGAAAGUUAUUAGUGGAGAGAAUGAGGUCUUAUGGUCGAUAUAUUGCUUUACACUUGCGUUAUGAGAAGGACAUGCUCGCUUUUAGUGGGUGUACAUAUGGUUUAUCUCCUACUGAAGCCAAUGAGUUAACGAGCAUCAGAGAGAACACUUCUUAUUGGAAGGUGAAGGAAAUUGAUCCCCUGGAGCAAAGGGCAAAAGGGUUUUGCCCCUUAACCCCAAAGGAGGUCGGGAUAUUUCUUUCUGCUCUAGGGUACCCAUCAGAUACACCAAUAUAUAUUGCAGCAGGCGAAAUAUAUGGUGGUGAUUCUCAUAUGAUAGAUCUUAGAUCUCGGUUUCCUCUAUUAAUGAACAAGGAAGCACUAGCUUCUGUUGAUGAGCUCAAACCUUUUCGUGAUCACGCAUCUCAAAUGGCUGCACUAGACUAUAUUGUAUCUGUUGAGAGCGAUGUGUUUGUUCCUUCGUACUCUGGGAACAUGGCAAGGGCAGUUGAAGGUCACCGUCGUUUCCUUGGCCAUAGGAAAACAAUUAUGCCUGACAAGAAAGCACUUGUUCAUUUGUUUGACAAGAUUGAUCGAGGUUCACUUAAAGAAGGGAAGAAACUGUCAAGUAUCAUCUCUGAAAUCCACAGGAGGAGGCAAGGAUCCCCUCGGAAGAGAAAAGGCCCAAUUUCUGGAACAAAAGGAAAAGAGAGGUUUCGAUCUGAAGAAGCAUUUUACGAAAAUCCCCUACCUGAUUGCUUAUGUCGAUUGGAAUCUCGCAAUAUCAACAAUUCUACUUAUGUCACAUGAAGGGUUCAGAAAUCAGCAGCAGAUCAAAACUCCAAACUGAGCGAUUUUUCGACAGUAUAACUAAACAACAUCAAGGCCUGAGUAUGCAGGAUUUGUGUAUAUCUUGAGAGUUUGCAGCAUAUAGAUGGAAGAAGUCGGCGGAGGAGAGAAGAGAAGCUUUUUUGAUCAUGUAAUUUAGUGUACAAGAGAAAAUAGUGAGAUAUUGUGGAAAGUUAAAAAAGGAGGAUAAUUUAGAAUCAGAAGCGUGUGGAGAUGGACGGCAUACUUGAUGUUACUGAUUUAAUUGUAGGAAGUAAACGAAUAAGAAAGGGGAAUAUAUGUUGCACAUUUUUUGUA